AUGGCGACGGCGGUUGUCGACGACCAGCAGCCACAUACACUGCAAGGCGUCAUUGAUCAAAAGACGCUGAAAUGGGUAUUUUGCGGAGGUAAAGGUGGCGUGGGAAAGACGACGACUUCGUGUGCGCUCGCAAUCCAGUUGGCGCGUGUGCGCGAGAGUGUCUUGCUCAUCUCGACCGACCCUGCACACAAUCUUUCCGACGCAUUUGGCCAAAAGUUCGGGCGCGAGGCAGCCAAGGUGAAUGGAUUUGAUAACCUGAGCGCCAUGGAGAUCGAUCCGACGAGCAGCAUGCAGGAGAUGAUCGAGCAAUCCGAGCAGCAGGGCGGUGCGAUGGCGCCGUUUAUGCAGGACCUUGCUUUUGCAAUUCCUGGUGUGGAUGAGGCGAUGGGAUUUGCCGAGAUUAUGAAACUGGUCAAGUCUAUGGAGUACAGUGUCGUGGUGUUUGACACGGCGCCGACUGGCCACACGCUGCGCUUUUUGAGCUUCCCGUCCGUACUGGAAAAAGCACUUGCCAAGUUUAGCACGUUUGGCCGCAGCUUGGGUCCGAUGUUCUCACAAAUGUCGAGCAUGCUGGGCGGCGGGAACGGCGGCUCGCCAGACGACAUGUUUGGCAAGCUCGAGUCUAUGCGCCAAGUGAUUACCGAAGUGAACACGCAGUUCAAGGAUGAGACCAAGACCACGUUUGUGUGUGUGUGCAUUGCCGAGUUCCUUUCUCUCUAUGAAACGGAGCGCCUCAUCCAGGAGCUGACGCAGUACGGGAUCGAUACACACGCGAUUGUAUGCAACCAGCUGCUGUACCCCAAGCCAGGGUCCACGUGCGAGCAUUGCCGAGUGCGCAAGGCGAUGCAGGACAAGUAUGUGGACGAGAUGCUCGAUUUGUACGCGGAGGACUUCAACGUUGUUCGCGUACCGCUCUUGACGGAGGAAGUGCGUGGGUCGCAGAAGCUCGCCGGACUCUCGGAGUACCUCGUAAAACCGUACGAGCCAACGCAGGCGUAA